AGGCUGCGCUCGCAGCGAUGCCCACUGCUUGUGUCUGCUCCGAGGUAUCAACAGAAGACAAUGAAUCCAACGACCAUAGUUCCUUCGCUGCUGGCUUUGUUGGUAGCUAACGGGACCUCGGUGCUGGAUUGUCUGUGCAGUCACAUUAUCCACUCAAAACAUCUCGGCAGACGCUGGGGAGGGAGAGGUAGUCCCGGUGGAUAUCACCUAUCGCUCCAGUACUGCAGUCAUCAUAUCCAACUCUACACACUGAGCGGAACGUACGGAACCCUGGAACCGCCGUCUGCCGCGGUCCCAGCUGUGGCCCACCUGGCAGCCGACAUCUCGAACUACGGACCGCCGCCGCCCCCUGCGGGAGGGGUGGAGGGGGAGGGCUGUGCCGGUGCCCUGGCGGCCCUCCACCGGCUCACGUGGAGCGAGGCCAACCAGCUGGGCUCGGAGCUCGGCUGCCGAGUCGCUGCCGACUGUAUCGAAUCCUGCUCUGCACCGAGGUUCAACGACGUGGAAUGGAACGUGACAGCUCUGCAAACGGAUCAUCUGAGGCACCAUGUCCUCUCCCAGUCAGAGCACGCUGUUCAACGCAUCACAAGAGCCAUAAACGCCAGGGGACACUGUGAGAGCUACCAUCGGCCUACUUAUAUGCUGAGGCUCUUGGAAAAAACUGAACUCCAGGUCCAGCGGACGAUCUACCUGGAACAGCUCUCCAACUACUGGCGAGACUUCGCACAGCUGUUCUCAGUCGGUGUGACGCAUCUCUCACGUCUGUUCAUUCCCCUCGCAUUCGAAUACAUGGGUAACCACACAAGUGACCGGAGAGUCCAUGGAUGGAUUAAGGACAUGGAACGUGUGAGAGAUAUGAUGCACAUGAAAUUAAGCAGCUGGGUACACGACGUGCAAUCCGUCAGCGAACAGAUAGCCCACUACGAGAUAGAAGACGACAAGAAUAGGCCUGGGUUCUUAAUAAUUAGGCGGCCGCUGUUGAAUGAUAACCUGCUCUACUACCAGCCAAAGUUCCUUUUCUUUAGAGAAGACUUCAGUGCGCUAUGCGAGGAACGGCAGUCGGAGGCAUCACAAAUGUUCGGCCUCGCUGAUGCACUGUAUGCCUUCUAUUAUACUAGGUGGUAUAUGAUGGAAUCGACCUUCAAGCAACAAUUUGGAGUACCUACCGACGCUGUUGUGGAUGAGGAGUGGCAGCUGGAGGACAGAAGCAACGCCACGCUCUCCGUGGACACUGACUGUAUACAGCUGUUGGUGGAUGCCCUGGACCACCCCACGUGCCCACUGGAAGACUUGCCACUGGAAAAGUACAAGCAGCGAGAGCAGUGCCGAGUGCAACUAUGGGACGACAUGGUGCUGAAGUCGACCCACAUCCCCGUCACCAGCUACCUGGCCUACACGCAGAGAGCGAACGUCAACCUCUGCCUCUUGGCCUGGAUGGCAGUCAACUCGCUCGGCAUUUGUCACGACGUCCCCUUCAGUAUAAUACAGUCUGUGCACGACGCUGCCUGUUACUUCGGUAGACCUGACGACCAAUCGUGUCUGGAAUCAAACGCUACACAUGCCAUCUGCUCUGUUUCCAGAGCUAUUCUGUUGCUGAAGUGUCGCGAUUUUUCCUCGCACAAGCCUCAGAAGAUGUAUAGCGUCACACUUUAUCCAAAUGGAUCGUACUCAAAGGUGAUGGAUGAUAUAAAAUGGCGAAAAGGGUUCUACAGACGGUAUGGAAAGUCGAUACAAAUAGCACUGAACUACAAAGACAGUUUGAACAAUGCCACAUUGAAAUACAAAGAUCUGAAAAUCAGCAGUCUAAAAUCUUUAGAAAUUUCAUUUAUAGCGAUGAAUAUUUUUUUCCGCUCUUUGACAGCGGGAGUAUAUAUGUACCUUCCCCAGUUGCGUAAUUUGCCUGGAAAGAUAUUCUUGUCCUUUCAGAUCACGGGUAUAAUUCAGAUCCUUUGUUCUGAUAUCGUGUAUCGUAUGUCAGGUGUCCUCGACUUAUCUACAGCGGUGCUGAUUGAUACCGCCCUUACACUUCUCAGCUGUAUCUGGCUGAACUCGUUCUGUUACCAAAUGUACGCAUGUGUCCGUCAUCUCAAGCUUCCUGACGGCCUACUACCCGAUGAAGCAAGAAAUCUAUUCCGUCGUCAGGUGCUGAUUGCCUUAAUACCCUGGGGUAUAAUAUGCACAGCAACCAUUGCUUUGGAAAAGACGAGCAAAUAUCACCUGCUCUACAGUCGCAUACUAUUCCUCAUUGGGAUUUUAGUGUCAGUAUCUUUCAAUUUGGUUUGUCUUGGAUUGGUGGGGUACAUGUUUCUACACACUAGAAGAUCUAUGACUCAUCUCAGAAUUUACAGCAACGAUAAAUUUGGCUCAAAGAAAGAAAUUCUUUUUACGUCAGUUAAGAGUGUCUUCUUAAGCGGGCUAGGUGUCAUUGUUAGAAUUGGGUUUCACCAAGCACAAGGUUUAGCACAGUUUGUUUACUAUUUACAUAUAUCUACGAUGGUGCAGGGACCACUGUUGUUCGUUCUUUUCAUCUGUAAUGGAACAACAUUCCCUACACUAAAGACCAGGAUACUAGCAUGUCUCAACCCAGACGUAAUCAUUCCAGGGGAAGAGCUGUGUUCAGCAGCUGAGAGAAACCUGGCAAGGAGAAACAAUGAACAACCCGUGGUUGCACAAACCUCGUUGUAAUUCUCUUGAGUAUUUUUCUCACAAGAUUGUAUUCACUGUAGGCCAUUCUAAAGCAUGUGAUCAGCUACAGAGACAGAGUCUACCAGAUGACACAAAAUUAACUGCGACCUAUUUCACAAAACCAGUGUCCCAGUUUUAUAAAUUAUUCUUUAUUUACAAUCACGUGCUUAUUUGCACAUUGUAGCAUAAAAAAGUCUAAUAAUUAAUUAUAGGUAUGGAACGUAGUCUAAAGUGAACGAAAACAUGUUAAAGGACUGCGCUACACAGGACUCGACCAAAGUGCUUUUGUGAGAGGGAAUGUUGACUUGUUGUGUUAGAGAUACGUGAAGGUACUGUAGAGGAGGUUAAAAAGUAAAGUGCAGCGUGUGGUAGUCUUAAACAAGGAAGAUCAUAAUUUUUAUAAAGCGAUGUGUACAGACAGUAUUGUGGUGCUAAAGACAAGUGUCACAGGUUAAACAGAAAGGACACACGUUUUUCCAAAUGUACAGCAGCAUAGAAUGUACUGUUUAGUGUGACAGUUAGUUACAUGUUCCAGAGACCAAUAUCGCCUCAACCGUUAUGAUGUGGAACGUGUGAUGUGCAUAAGAAAUAGACACAUGAAUCAAGUUUUCUUUUAAGCUUAAAAUUUUUAUUACCUACGUCAUUUCCUUAACUGGCACAAAAUGCAUAUAUUAUACCUAUAGAUUUAUUUAUUCCUAUUUAAGGAUUCAUCUAUGGUAUAGGAGGAGUUGUCAAUUAGAUAUGAGUUCAAUUUAUUUUUGUAACUAUUACUGCUGUGUGUCAAACAUUUUAUUUCAUCUCGUAAUUUGUCGAAAAGUUUUACAGUAGCAUAUUUUACUCCUUUUUGUGACAAAGAUAGGUUAAGUAGAGAACAGUGUAAGUCUUCCUUACUUCUGGCAUUAUAAGCAGAAAUGUCACUUUGUUUUUAAACUGGUCCAUGUUGUUCAGAACAAAUUUCGUUACUGAGUAAACGUACUGUGGGACUGUUCUAAGUAUUACUAACCUUUUAAACAGAUACCUACAACAUUCGCGACUAUGGGCCCCACACAUCAUUCUACCACUUCAUUUUGAGCAGUGAGUACUCUUUGCCUAAGUGUUGAGUUGCCCCAAAUUGUUGUUCCACAUGACAUCAGAGAGCGAAGGUAUGCGAAGUAUAUUAGCUUACUAAUCUCUGUAUCCCGAAAAUUGACAAUUAUUCUGACUGCAAAAGUUGCUGAACCUAGUCGCUUUAGGAGAUCAAAAAUAUGAAUUUUCCACUGAAGAUUCUCAUACAUUUUGAAACUAUGUCUUUACAUAUUUUUAUCAUUUGAACACUGGCCUACAGAAUUUUCCCUGACACAGACAACUCCAACUUAACCUAUUCAUUUAUUACCUACGAUAUACAAGCGCAACGCAAUCUGACUGCUAUACAGUGACUACAUGACUUCCAAUAAUUAACACAAAAGAAUGGGCCUGGAUUAUAAGAUAUCCUAACAGUAACAAAAAUCCAAAAAAAUAUGAAAUUAAAGAAAUAUAAAACUUCGUCCAACUCUGUUAAUUUGCCUGAACAAAUUUCAAUCACCAAACCCCUUUUUCUAUGUAAGUCACUUAUCUCACAGAAAAUCUUCAUAAUACGAACUACAGCAAUUACAGCAAGGAGCAGCUACAGCUAGUUAAAUAAAAAGAUUCUAACUACUAUAGACUAACUACUAGGAGGCAUAUGGUUAGCGAAAGAAAGAUUUUGUUGUAGAGCAAACAAUGUAUUUAGGAAAUUUUGCUAUAUUCAUGUGACAUCCAGUUCUAAAAUAUAUAUAGUUGUCAAUAACUCCACUGCCCAAAUACUAUCAACAACAUCCAUCGUUCUACAUUUUCUUGCUUCUCACUUUACAAUGCAUGUCCUAUCAACGAAGAGUCUCCACUAAGAAACAAAACAUCUCCAUACACUUCUCAAAUACUCACUAACCGCUAGUCCGCCCAACCACAGAAUCUCUCGCAGAGGACACAGAGCGCUGUCAGCGAUAUUAAAACAGUCUAUAGUGCUGCCAACAUACAAACAGGCUACUUACAAUAUGUUCACCCAAAAACUUAGUAUGCUCUACCCCUGCUACUGACUUCUGUUGAUGUUUUAUAUUUAUUGAAGGAACUGUACUCCUUGAAGCAGAACAUUGGAUGUACUAUGUGUUUUUUUCAAAGUUCAGAGCAAGUCCAUUCGCAGAAGAUCAAUCAAUAACUUUUCCAAAGACAUUAUUUGUAUCAUUAAUGGGGUUUCUUUUACUGGGUUAUUAAUGAUACUAAACAAUGUCAGUUUAGCUUCUUGUUUCAGAUAAGAAGGGACGUCGUUCAGAUAUAUCAAGAACAGAAUGGGGCCCAUGAUCGAGCCCUGUGGAACAUCUAAUGUAAUUUCCCCCCAGCUAGAUGAAGUGGCAAGCGGUUAAACCAUAUAAAGAAUCUUUUUGCUUCCUGUUCUGUAGAUAUGACAAAAAGGACUCACAUGCUGUUCUGUUUAUACCACAAAAUUGUAAUUUCUGUAAUAUAAUGUCGUGGUUCACACAAUCAAAUGGUUUGGUUAUUCAUCUGUAGAUCUCUUUUUACAAGUAUAUAGGAUAUGUCACAGUACUUACAAGUUUAAACCAAUUUAAAAUAAGCUAAUUAGUAUAUACAUACAUUAACAGAGUUCUAGUUAGAGACAAUCAUUAUAUUUACUCCUGGUAUAUAAUACUUGCAAAUAACUUAUUAAAUAGUGUAAUGCCACACUGUUCGCUCAUAUCUCACUAUCAGUCACUGCACACACUAUACACACACUGUUUCAUAGCACUUCACUCACUACACACACAAAAACACACACGCUGGUGAUCUCUGGACCAUUUUUUGUACCGCAACUUCCCAUUUUCUAUCCUGGAAAACUGAGUCAGCAUACCUCUAUAAUGAGACGUUGAGCUCAGAAAGAGGAAGAUGCGUUAGUAUUGUGCUAAGCAUUGCUUGGAGGUAAGUUUUUCUAGAAAAGGAAAAAAGAAGGAAAAAACAUAAUCUGAAUGUGUUAUGUGGAAUGUUGGAUGUUUUUUAAUCAUUAUUAUUAUUUAAUUGUGUAACUUUUUUUGCUAAACCCCGGCUCUGUUUUAUCCAAGUAAUCCUUCAAUGUAUACAGUGUGCUGCAUAACUGGUACUUUUUGGUUUCCAUUUUAAAUAAGUAUAUUUUUUCGAAUUCUUUAAUCUGUUUUGGUGAUUUAUUGUAAAGUUUUAUUCCUAGGUAGAAAAUGCUUUUUUGAGUUUUAUGUUUAUAUUUUCUUGGUUCCAUGAACAUGGACAGAGCUAUUUGUGCAGUAAUUACCAAAGUUAUUCCUUAUGUGUACAAGUGACUGAUAAAUAUAUUCACAUGGAGUAGUUUAAAUCCACAGUGUUUUGAACAGACCUUAAUAGUUAGCUCGAGAUAUACUUUUGGUUAUUAUUCAUAUGGCUCUUUCCUGGAGUUUGGAAAUUGUGUUCAUAUUUUGUGCAUUUGUUUCCCAAAAAAGAAUGCCAUAGCUAAGCUGCACAUUGUUUUAAUAUAUUGUUAGUGUUGUCAUCUACUGCAUCAGAGCGUUUAUUUUUCAAAUAUAUGUUGUCAAUAAAAGACUGGCCAUUUGUUCAAAUAUAAAAUGAG